CAUGGCUAUGUGAUGUUAUCAGACAGCUAAAAAUUCGCGGACAAACAAAAGGAAAAUGAAUCCGAGUCUUCUAUGAUACUUUCUUUGUAAAAAUGAAGAUCCGGUUUAAUUUGAUCUCACUCUUCAUGUUUUCACUCGCACAUGGUGUUUCUGGUGUUGAGAAAGAUGAAGUGUCAGCAUUUGUGAUGACGGGAGAUUCAGUCACUCUACACACUGAUGUUACAACAAUCCAGCAACAAGAUAUAAAAUGGUAUUUUAAUUACACUCGUAUCGCUGAAAUCACUGAAGAUCUCGGCGAUAUCUGUACAGAUGUUCAGUGUAAUGAAGGUGCUGAGAGAUUCAGACAUAGAUUGGAGCUGGAUCAUUGGACUGGAUCUCUGACCAUCACAAACACCAGAACCACAGACUCUGGACUUUAUGAAUUAAAGAUAAUCAGCAUCAGAAUCAGCAGUGAAAAGACCUUCAGUGUUACUGUCCAUGAUGUUCCUGCUGCUGAACAAGAUGAAAUGAAGAGAAAGUCAGUGAAGGAGGGAGAAUCAGUCACUUUAGAUACUGGUGUGACAAAAAACCCAAAUGAUUUGAUGACGUGGCAUUUUAAGGCCAUUUGCAUCGCUGAAAUCAGUGAAGAACCCAGAAAGAUCUGUACAGAUGUUCAGUGUAAAGAUGGUGAUGAGAGAUUCAGAAAUAGACUGAAGCUAGAUCAUCAGACUGGAUCUCUGACCAUCACAAACACCACAAUCACAGACUCUGGAGUUUAUCAACUACAGAUCAACAGCAGUAGUUUCAGCAUCAUUAGGAGCUUCAGUGUUACCGUCACUGAUUCAGGUCUGUCUUCAGCUGCUGUAGCAGGAAUAUGUGCUGCUGUUGUUGGUGUUGUUGUUGUUGUUAUUGUUAUUCUGCUGCUGAUGGCUGUAUCUCGUUAUACUCAACUACACAGUCUUGUAAGAAGGAAUGACACCAGGACGAAGCACAGUAAUCAGGCGAAUGGUUUUCAUGAUUUGUCACCUAAUCAGAGUGACAUUCCACUGGUGGAUGACGUUAGUGAGACGCCCUCCAAUCACACCAAUGCUGUAGUGAUGAACACUAUCGAUGGCUUGUCCUCUAAUCACAUUGAGAUUGAGUCUGCGGCUGCCACUGAGAUGUAACAUUAUUAAUUAUUUUGAUACUUUAAUUGAAAUGGAAUGUGAAGAGAGGAUGGGAAAUGGAAAGAUUUUCUUGUUUCCAAUCUGCUCUUUAUCGUAACACAGUCUCUUAUUGUUCAGAGAAAUAGUGUCAAUUUCACCUCAACACUAAUUUCAACAACACAGCAAGAACUAAUUGUGUUGAUACAAUGUCCUUGGUAACCAUUUCAUCUUAAUUAAAGGAACCAAAACAGCUUCCUUAAGCCAUCUUAAACUCAGUAUCUGCAAUGUCUAUUUUACGUCUGUAUUUACAUCUGCAAGAUGUAUUUUUUUAGUGUGUUUUUGCGUUUUCGUACACGAGUAUCCUCGUAAAGUCAGUUACAUCUUAAAAGAACGUAAACAGCAAACAAACAAACAAAAAAGACAGAGAAAUGUCAUUGUUAGACCUGACUGAAGAACUUAAAGCACUGCUUUUUUGUAUGUAUGUUCAGUAACUAUUUGUGCCAUUGGUUGUCAUUUUUUUUUUUUGUUUAAUUAAGUUAAAUAUGUCUGAUGCCAUUUGAUAAUGUUUAAACUUUGUAUACAGUUAGUAGCUUUUUCGGUAAACUAAUACAGUCCUACAGUAAACUAAAAUAAUAUACUUAUGAAAUAAUAAUUUUCUUAGAUAUGAUAAUAAUAAUAAUAAUAAUAAAGUAAUAAUAAUAAUAAUAAUAAUAAUAAUUAAAGUGUUUAUUUUCCUAAAAUGUGAUGUGGACUGAGACACUAUCAAACUAACAAAAAGUGCACAUGAAUUUAAGUUUACAAUGACAAAAAUGUCAUGCAUAGAUAAAGUUCAGACCAUUUGCCUCUAAGUUCUCUGUGACAAGAACUACAGUGUAAGACCUAAAUGCCUUGACAUACCAGUAGUUUUGACCCAUUUCGUGACAUUCACUUAUAGCUGCUAUACUGGCUGUUUACAUUACACUGUCGCCCAGAUGGGCACACGGCUGCAACAGGAGAGAUGCCGAAAAACUGAUGCUGCAAAUGUUGUUAAUUGAUACUGUUGACGUUAAUACAAAAGACUGAUAUUGUGUUGUUAAUAUACUGAGCGUUUUUUACUUAUCCAGCAUUUUACCAAGCAAGCUGCCAUUAAGAUCAACCAUCCUUAUACAAAAUGCAAACCAGAAUUACCCAGCUUGAAAAAUCAUUUACUUAAUUUCACUGAGAGUGUUUAUG